AGAGAGAGAGAGAGACGAGGAGGCUGAGUGAAUGAGCGACCCAGAGAAAAAGAGAGAGAGAGAGAGAUACAGAGAAGGGAGGGAGAGAAAGUGUGUGUGUGUGUGUGUGUGUGUGUGUGUGUGUGUGUGUGUGUGUGUGUGUGUGUGUGUGAGAGAGAGAGAGAGAGAGAGAGAGAGAGAGAGAGAGAGAGAGAGAGAGAGAGAGAGAGAGAGAGAGAGAGAGAGAGAGAGAGAGAGAGGCCAAAGCAUCCGGUAAGAAGGCAGCUGCUUAGCCUUGUGAUCCGACAGCGCUAUUUUCCCAACUACUUGUUCAUUAUUUACGAGCGAUUUCUAUCGAUGUAAUUUCCCCCGAGUCUUCUAUAUUUCACAUUUCAUUUCAUAAGACAUCCGCUGGAUUGUGAGAGAUGUGAAUAAAGAAGAAAAAAAGCCCUGCUGGAUUUCCUCCGUGUGGAUUUUAAUAGGGAUCGUUCAGCACCCUGGACAGCGCCUGGCGGGUUCAGCCGCUGCCGAUACCGCCGCUACCGCCGUUUCUGCCGCUUCUCCUGUUUCCGAUUUUUCUACAGCCACUUUCCCAACAUCUCUGCACGGCUGCUUCAGGCGAGAGCGAUGAGGAUGCGACUGGAGUCCAGUAAGAGAGCCUCCUGCUGUGGAUGCCAUGGAUGAACUCUGGCCCUUGGAGCUGCUGUAACAGUGUCUGGGUGAUGAAUGGCUGGUCUUCUAAAAGUCAAUUGUCCAGUGCUGCCCAGUCUCGCUCACACAAGUCUCUGGACCUAAUAUACAUUGACCUUCAAAGACUGCCUGGCCAUUUUGCUGGACCUCCAGCCUGAACAGUCUAUAUAUUUCUCUGUAUUUCUGGAGACUGUCUGAUAACUCAUCCGACUGACUCAGCGGACGUCUUUUUUACUCGCAUCCUCUCAGCUUCCUUCUCAUUUUACACAGCCAGACACUUAUAAACCCAAAACCCACACACUCACGCACUCAAUCUGGUGUAUACCCACUAAGGAUUUCCCUCACUCUCCUUGUACAGGCCGGAUGCAGGAAAAUCAUGGCAUUUUGUCCAUAAAUGCUGAGGCGUGGCUGGCCUGCAGUCUCAGUAGUCUAGCGGGAUCAAUGGAACCUCAGUGAGUAAUGAGCAGAUAGCUUCUUCCAUUCAGUGAGCCAGAGAGGAAUCACCUGCCAAAACCCAGCUUGGCUUUCCUCUCUCACACACUCGCAUUUCCAUUGCAAAGCAGUUCAGCUCCAACCUCUGCCUGAACUCAGAUUCAUUUUAUACUGCUUCAAACUGGAACUGCAUCUCUUUGAGAAAUAAAGACUCCACUGUAACAGAAAAACGCUGAAUGUCCUGCUUUUUUGUAAUCUAGGCCUGACUUUUCCAUAACCGAAUUAUUGUAACUACAGAAAAAAAAAACCUAUUUGCCUCUGUCCUUUGCUUGGCAAGAAAGACAAAUGACUCUCAUAGUCAUGCUCACUCUCAAGGAUUAGAUAUAUAAAAAGGAGUCUCUCAAUUUACCGGAACGUAUUUCAGCCUUGUAGAAAUGGGAAUCAGCUUUUACACAAAAAGAGAGAGCCCACAGCCAAGCAAAAUAGAGUGAAAAGAAUUGGGCUAAGUAAUUGGAAGCGGACUCCCUAGAGCCAGUGCACAAGAGGGACGACAUAGCAGUGAGAUAGCACCAGUGGUGGUGGCCCUAGCCAUGGUGUUGCCACCACCGGACAAACGACAUGUCUGUCUCACCACUAUAGUCAUCAUGACCAGCAUGGCCUUCAUGGAUGCCUACCUGGUGGAACAGAACCAGGGGCCAAGGAAGAUUGGCGUCUGCAUCAUUGUCCUUGUUGGGGACGUGUGUUUCCUCAUAGUCCUCCGCUAUGUAGCGGUCUGGGUGGGCGCUGAAGUUCGGACAGCCCGCCGCGGCUACGCCAUGAUCCUCUGGUUCCUCUACAUCUUCGUCUUGGAGAUCAAGCUCUACUUCGUUUUCCAAAACUGCAAGGCGGACCGCAAGAGUCUUGAGACGGUGGCACGAAAGGCUUUGACUUUGCUUUUAUCAGUUUGCGUCCCAGGCCUGUACCUAGUCCUGGUAGCUUUGGACAGCAUGGAAUACGUUCGGACGUUUAGGAAGAAAGAGGACAUGAGGGGACGACUCUUCUGGGUAGCCCUGGACUUGCUGGACCUUCUAGACAUCCAGGCAAACCUGUGGGAACCCCAGCGAACAGGGCUGCCCAUUUGGGCAGAGGGGCUAAUGUUCUUCUACUGCUACAUCCUUCUGCUCAUCCUUCCUUGUGUAUCACUGAGUGAGAUCAGUGUUCAGGGGGAACACGUCUCCCCCCAAAAGAUGAUGCUGUACCCCAUGCUGAGCCUGGUCACAAUCAACGUGGUCACCAUCCUCAUACGCGGCGUCAACAUGGUGCUUUUUCAGGACAGCCGUGUCUCCACCAUCUUUGUUGGCAAAAACGUGGUGGCAAUAGCCACCAAGGCCUGUACCUUCCUGGAAUAUCGGAAACAGUGUCGCGAAUUUCCAGCAGCACGAGAGAACGCAACCGGCAUUCCCUUGGAGAUCCAGCAGAACUCGGUGGGACAUGGACAAGCCCUACCAAACGCCACAAGCCUUCCACAUGAACCUACACCAGUUCAAGAGAUUAUUGAUACAUGACCAAGUCACGGUUCGUGAUCGAUUCAUCCUAGAAGGUUUCAUCUUGGAAUGCAUGAAAGACUUGGAGUGAACUGCUAGUCGUGGGUUUUUGAAUGACUGGGUACUGUGGACACAUAGUGUUGCUUGUAUCAUUUUUGAGCUUUUACUCUUUCUAGUUUUGGAUCAAGAUAUAAUAAAAUGAGGACAACUUUGAAACUCGUUUACAUGAGCACCUCUGACGAACAGAUGUUUGGGGGGGAGGUGCAAGAAAGAGAUUUUUACUGACUGAUUUGCCGUAUUUUGCCAGCGUGAAUAGAUUCCUCUCAGUGACGGCUGAGUGGCUGCAGCUCAACAUGUUCCCCCCCGAGAACACUGAGGAAUGUGGGAUUUUUAUAAUGCUGCCUUUUCGUUUGCUGCAUACCUGACCAGUAUACCAGUAUAUAUUAGCAUUUCUCUAAAUCAGCUCCUGGGAGACAGAUGGACUUUGUGAAAAGGUCUAGGGUGGGAGAAGUGAGGCAGAUAAAGUACUUUUUGCUUUAUUUCUGAGAGAAUGCAAGUAUCCCAAAUGUCCAUUUGUGUUAAAAUAAUAUUUAUGGUCAAAUGUUGGACAAAACUCAACAAAAUAGCUAUGGACCGUUACUGGCAGUGUUCAGGUACUGCAGCGUGUGUGUAUUUACUUACAUACACUUGUACAUAUAGGAACGUGUGUAGGCCAGUGUGUGGAUUUUUAAUUACAGAAUUGAUAACAGGAUCUUACAUUAAAGAGUGAUAUACAAACAGAAAAACAUAGAGAGAGAGAAAAAUAUAUAAAUAAGUUGGACAGUUAUUAUGAACUAUUAUAAUAUAUCUUGCUGUACAUUCCCUCACACAAAAAGCCUUGGAGUCGGUGAAUGCACUUGCAGACCUUAUUUGGUUAAACAACAUAAGAGAAAAAAAUAUUAUUAUUAUUAUUAUUAUUAUUAUUAUUAUUAUUAUUAUGUGCCAGUGUGUGCUUUUUACUUUUUAUGUUGGAGGGUGUUUAAUAAAA